AGCAGUAGAAAAUAUGACAUUCAAAAUUUUACAAAGCAAUCUAAGCGACAAUCACAACAUACAAUUUAAUCCUUCAAAAGAGGUUCUAACCGACGCUAACGUUAGUCAUGCUUUGAGAAAUAAUGAUAAACAAGCCUCACAAAAGCCAAAACGAAACGUGUAAGAAAUGCGAUGAUGGAAGGCCUUGCAACCGCUGUAUAAAACUUGGGUUAACCGCAACUUGUAGAGAUUCAGAUCGAAAAGAACGUAAAAAGGGAGUGAAACGAGGACCUUAUAAGAAACGCCAAGCUCCUGUUAGAAAGACUUCUUCGAUGAGUUCAGCAGACGAACAACAACUGGACGACGCACACACUACUCAGGCACAAGCAGUAAAUGUGUGCCCUCUAACAUACCAGUAUACAACCACUGAUAUUAGCGAUAGCCAUGCUCAUUUUCACAAUACAUCUUCUGUUAGCAAGAAUCAUAAUCAAAUGGCAAAUGAAGCUCUAACCAUCGAUUUAAGAGAUAGUAUUUGCUAUCCUCAAGGAAAUUCUUCAAUACCAACAGCUUCAGCAUCUUCGUCAUCAUUAUCAUUAUCUACAGCAUCAUCAUUAUUACCCUCACCUAUUAUUAGUAAUAUCUCGUUGGAUUUGUCUGAAUCGGAUGAAACGUUACACUAUGCAUAUGGUUACACUGCGCCAACAACUGCUGCUACUUCAUCAAAUAACCAGCAUCGCUGCAAUCUUUCGUCCACUACAGCAAGUACAACGAGUAAAAUGCUGGAACAUCAAACCAUAUCAGGCAAUGUCACGCCCUCUAUUAACGCAAAUUACCAGCAGUUCUAUUCUCAAGAAAGCGAUUUCCAUUACUUACAGCAAGGAAGCAUAUAUGAUAUACAGCAGCCUUACCAAUGCUUAAAUAUGACCGACAAUUUUGCUGUUUUCAUCAACAACGAGAACAAUGGCAAUCCUUUCCAAAUAGAGAAAUGUGUUCGGCAACAAUUUUUACCAGAUGCUCAAAAUGUUGAUGGCAACUUUACAACGAAUAUGAUGUUGCUCGACAGUAACACUUACACAAUUGAACAGCAACAAGCUACAAAGAAUGAAUUUACAGCUAUCUAUUAUAACAGCAAUACCAAAAUACCAACAGCAACAACAACACUCCUCCUACAACAACAGUAUGAUAACACUAUAUGAUUCAGGUUGCAGUUUGCAACGAUGAAAGGAAAAAACAACUAUAGUAAAACUUUAGUCAUAUAUGCCGCGUAACCUAUUGCUAUUAGUACUUUGAGUAUAGAAUGUACGCCAUUUACAGUGAAUCACUUCCACUCAAUCAUAGACAAUUUUUAGUACAGUGCCUUCUACAUACGCCUUUUUUCUAUUUUUUGUUUUAGAAUAAAGUUUCUGUAUAGAAUAACAAAUCCUAUCCGUCCAUAAGGAUGACCAUAAAUGUUU